GUUCGUGUAGGCUUGCUAGAUUUUGAAUCAGGAAUUUUGGAGCUUCGUUCUUGGGCCUGUCGGAACGUUGAAUCAAUUUUGGUGCUUUGUUUUUGGGUUCGUGUAGUGCUUGCCAAAAUGUUGAAUAAGAAUUUUAGUGCUUCGUUCUCAGAUUUAUGUAGGCUUGCUAGAAUAUUAAAUUGGGGACUUAAGAAUUUCGUUCUCUG